ACCACCUCCAUUCGUCAUCUGCUGGAUCCGUCACCGUGCCGUCGACCGGCUGUAGUCAACGACUUGACGACAAGCCGCUAGCUGCCUGGGCCCGUGACAUGCGCAUGACUUGGCUACACUCUACCCAUGAGUACCCAUAACAUCACGCUCGCUACCUUUCCCCCUUUGCUCGCUCAUGACCACUUAUAAUCCCUUCAACUCUACAACAGUUUCCCUCGCAACAGUUGCCCAAUCUGAGGUUGCUCAACCCAUUUGCCCGCCUCGCACGCUGCUUACAGCCGAGGCGCAACCGUGAGCGGCCCGCCACCAUGGCGACGUCGACGUGGUCGCCGCCAUCCUCGUCCCCGGCCAAGCCCCCAAGCGACGACCCUGCGUCGUUUCCCUCCCAGGCCGCGCACCAGAAACCAAAACGCUCCCUCCGCAUCCUCUGCUUCGGCGACUCCCUUACGUCGGGCUACUCGCAGCUGGGUGGUGUGUCGCACCCGUACUCGCAGCGCCUGACGGCCGUCCUGUCCGAAUCCUUCCCCUCGCUGAACAUCGACGCACAUGCCGACGGCCUUCCCGGGGACGUGGUGUGCACGGCCGGAUCGCGCUUCCUGCGGCGCAUCGAGCCCAAGUUCCUGACCAAGGGCGGCGGCACCCCGUAUGACUGGACCGUGGUCUUGGGCGGCACCAACGACCUGGCCUUCCAGUUCACCGCCGAGGACAUCUACAAGGCGUUGCGGGACGUGUGGGACGUCGCACUCAGCAAAGGGGGCCGUGUGCUCGCGUGCACCGUGCCAGAGGCGGGUGUGAGGGGGCAAAUCGGCGAGAGGGUCAAGGCAAGGCGGGACGAGCUCAACGGGAUGAUACUUGGACACCGUCAGGAGAAUUUCUUCACUUUUGACCUCAACACCGCCAUCCCCUUCUGGUCCCUUGCGCCGGAGGAACGCAAGACCUAUUGGGACGACCACAUCCACCUGACACCCGCUGGUUACGACCUGAUGGGCGAAAAGAUCGCCGCCCGCCUGGUAGAGAUCAUCAUGCCGCCCGGUCGGCUGCAGCCGCAGCAGGCCAACGGCGCCGGCGCCACGAGGCGCAAGAGAAUAUUCAAAGAUGACGACAAGAUCUUUGAAGAGGAGGACGGCGACGAACACAAGCUGGAGAAUGGGUACUAUGUUGUCAGAAGGAAGGAUCUGGAAUGAGCCGCGAUACGACUGCUUCGUUCGGCUCUUGCUUGCGUUUCAAUGUUUUUAUCUAGUGAAAUGGCUGGGAUGGCCGGGAUGGCCAGGAUGGAACGCACUUGGUUGGCACAACCGCAACACAGCAUGGCGUUGGUUAGAAGGUCGCAUGGGCGCCUACGCCCUCUUUUCCAUAAGCGUUUGUGGGUGUUAUUGGGAUUGUUUAUUUCUCAUUGGGAUGUCGUGCCUUCGUGAAUACUAUUGGUUAUUUUAAGGUACAGGUCGUCCUCACCACUCGGCUGUUUGCCCUGGGUUUACGAGACCCUCGCCAUAGACCAUAAUUUCCCAGUCAAAUCGUAGCAGACAUAUGAGCCAAGUCACUGUUUUUGCAGGAACUAUUCCCUGUGGUCGUUCCCUCGCCAUCAGGCCGCUCUUCUCUGUGCGAAUCUCGCGUGGCUAAUUCUCUGCUAUGCCUGUAGUGUCUCCGCAGGUAUUCUGUUGAAUUUUCUCAUCCGGGCCGUGAUCAAUGAUUCAAUCAGACCGCUGCCCCUUGACCGCGCCCUCUCCCCCCCCCCCCCCCCGGGAAAAAAGAAAGUCUACGUUGACGCGUCUCGCCAUGGUGCGAGGCCUCCCAUGUAGAGUCUCCAUUGGCACAAAGGGCGCCGGCCGGUCCUUCCAACUUGUGGUGGCUUUAACGUCUAGGUCUAUUCCUGCACGCGCGCCGUAUAGGCAAUGCCCAGGUACCCAAGGCAGCAGGCUAUACUGCCAGGUUCUGGGAAACGAAGCCGGGGAUCUCCUUCUGCAGGUGACCGACGACGCUUUCGACAUCCUCGGCGACGCCGAGCACAUGGCUAUCCCACUGGGCGAUAGUGCGGGAGUUGUCAAACCACACGCAGCGGUCGAUUUGGUCAAUGUGGCCGUCCAGGCGGCCCUGCUCGAUCAUGCGGGCGGUUGUGCCCUCUGCCCUCUCGCCGUCGAGCCCCAGCAGGACGCCGAGGGCGUCGAGGUCAAUGUUGACAUAGAGGCGCGAGGCGGCCAGCAGGUUGUGCUCGACCAUGGCGCGGGCCAGCACGGUGCUCCCGUCGGCGGUGGUGGCCAGCUGGUGGGGCUGUAGGCCCUUGGCAAAUGCGUCAACCUCGGCGGGGGCGACAAGGCGAUCGAGGAACAUCUUCUCGAGGAUGGCGAACUCAUCAAGGGAAGAUGCCCUCUCAUCCUUGUACAGGCGGCCCAGAGCACGUGACCGCUGCGGCCCGGCAGGGGCGAGGAUGGCACACUUGAUAGCCAUGCCAAGGGUGUGCAGGCGCUCGUCGUCUGCGAUGGCGCUGCUGAAGGAGAUGUCGUGGUAGGCCUGGCUGGCAGCAAGGAACUGGCGCUUGGCGUCGUUGAUGCGUGCCUGGCUGAGUUUGAAGUGCAGCUGCAGGGUCGGGUCGGCGAUGGCGAAGAUGACGUUCUUGAGCUUGUUGAGGUAGGCCUCCGCGGCGGUGGGGUCGUCGACCUCAAGAUGGUUGCGCAUGAUGCGAACCCACACGCGGGCCUUGUCCUCGUCGCUGACACGGCGCUGGGACGUCUCGAGCGGGAUCUCGGCCAACACCAGGGCAGCAUCACGAAAGUCUUCUCUCUCCUCAUGGGCCUCGGCGAUCAGUUCACGGAGGGUCGCGGCUUGCUCGAUAAAGGAGGACGACGAGGUGGGUGAGGCAGUCAGGGCCUCGAGCAGGUGGUUGCCGACUUGAAUCCAGAGGUCCAAGUCCCGACGCUGGCGGAGGGUUGUGAUGAGCGAGUUCAGCAGUGUGCGCGUGUGCACGAUGCCCAGGGACGAGGCGAAGAUCUGGUCGGCAGUCUGGUUGAAGUCAGAUGCCGACUGUGCCUGGGAGAGGACAUUCUGGAUGGCCACGGCCUCCUCGGGGACCUGCUGCGAGGCCAUCGUCGUGUUGUAUCUUGUGUUGUCGUGCGGCGCUGCGUGGUGCUGGUGCGUGCGUAUUCGUCAUGCGUGUCGCUCGUGUUGGCUGACGUAGGGCAGGUUGAGGGCAGGGAGCCCGCUGCCGCAUAGGAUUGCCGGCCACAGGGGGUUAGUUGUUUGCAGAUAGGGGCAGCCUGCGAACAGCAAAGCAACUGUCUGGCACUCUACACUCUGCCGAAACAAAACCUUGAAGAUGAGCUUCGCUUAUGGUCCUUGGUAUAGACAUAGCUGCCAUGGCAGCUACUAG